AUGCGCUCCGACGGCCCGGCGAUGGCGGCGCCGGAGGAGCCCUUGAGGAGGCGGAAGGCCGGGGCCGCGGGCCUGGCGCCUGAAUCUCCGCCAGGGCCGGGGCGCGACCCCGCGGGCUGCCCAGCCCGCCUCCGCGCGGGCACCUUCUGGCUGACCAGGAUCGUGCUCCUGAAGGCCCUCGCUUUCGUUUACUUUGUGGCAUUCUUGGUGGCCUUCCAUCAGAACAAGCAGCUGAUUGGAGACAGGGGACUGCUGCCCUGCAGAGUGUACCUGAGGAGUGUGCAGCAGCACUUCCGUGGGCAAGUCAGCUGGGAGACCGUGAGCUAUGCCCCCACCGUCCUCUGGCUGCUGGACUGGUCUCACAUGGACUUCAACCUGGAUGCGCUGGCUCUUCUCGGGCUGGGCAUCUCCUCUUUCAUCCUGGUCUCCGGCUGUGCCAAUAUGGUUCUCAUGGCUGCUCUCUGGGUCCUCUACACAUCCCUGGUCAACGUGGGGCAGAUCUGGUAUUCAUUUGGAUGGGAGUCCCAGCUUCUGGAGACGGGCUUCCUGGGGAUUUUCCUGUGCCCUCUCUGGACUCUGUCUCCAUUGCCCAGGGGGACCCCCACGUCCCGGAUUGUCCUGUGGGGCUAUCGGUGGCUGAUUUUCAGAAUCAUGCUCGGAGCGGGCCUGAUCAAGAUCCGGGGGGACCAGUGCUGGCGGGACCUCACCUGCAUGGACUUCCACUACGAGACGCAGCCGGUGCCCAACCCCGUGGCCUACUUCCUGCACCACUCCCCAUGGUGGUUCCACCGCUUCGAGACCCUCAGCAACCACUUCCUGGAGCUCGUGGUGCCCUUCUUCGUCUUCCUCGGACGGCAGAUGUGCAUCCUCCACGGAGCCCUACAGAUCCUGUUCCAGAUGGUCCUCAUCAUCAGCGGGAAUCUGAGCUUCCUGAACUGGCUGACCAUCGUGCCCAGCCUCGCCUGCUUCGAUGACGCCACUCUGGGCUUCCUGUUUCCCUCGCGGCCCGGCUGCCUCAAGGACCAAGUCCUGAGGAUGCAGGAAGAGGAAGCUCGAGGGGCCAGGGCCCCACGGACACGCGCAGGCAGCGUGGCACGGCACACGGUCAACCUGGCGCUGGGCGUCCUGGUCGCCUGGCUCAGCGUCCCCGUGGUCCUCAACUUGCUGAGCCCCCGGCAGGUCAUGAACAGCUCCUUCAACCCUCUCCGGAUCGUCAACACAUAUGGGGCCUUCGGCAGCAUCACCAAGGAGCGCACAGAGAUCAUCCUGCAGGGCACCGCCAGCCCCAAUGCCAGCGCGCCAGACGCCAAGUGGGAGGACUACGAGUUCAAGUGCAAGCCCGGUGACCUGAGGCGGCGGCCAUGCCUCAUCUCCCCGUACCACCACCGCCUGGACUGGCUUAUGUGGUUCGCCGCCUUCCAGACCUACGAGCACAACGAGUGGAUCAUCCACCUGGCGGGCAAGCUCCUGGCCAACGACGCCCAGGCCCUAUCCCUGCUGGCCCUUAACCCCUUCGCAGGCAGGGCACCCCCCAGGCCUCCCUGUUCCCUGAGACACAGCAAGAUUGAAAUUAAGCCAAUUAAUAACCCUACAGUGGCCUCUAAGUGUUCAAGUGAAAGGAAGAGUUGCAUGUCUCUCACUUUAAAUCAAAAGCUGAAGAUGAUUAAAUUUAGUGAGAAAGGCAUGUCAAAAGUCAAGGUAAUCCAAAAGCUAGCCCUCUUGCACCAAACAGCCAAGUUGUGAAUGCAAAGGAAAAGUUCUUGAAGAAAAAAGUGCCACUCCAGUGAACACAUGAAUGAUAAAGUGAAACAGCUUUAUUGCUGAUAUGGAGAAAGUUUUAGUCUAGAUUGAAGAUCUAACUAGCCACAACAUUCCCUUAAACCAAAGUCUAAUUUAGAACAAGGCUAACUCUCUUCAAUUCUAUGAAGGCUGAGAGAGACAAGGAAGCUGCAGAAGAAAAGCCUGAAGCUGGCAGAGGUUGGUUCGUGAGGCUGAAGGAAAGAACCCGUCUCCAUAAAAUAAAAGUGCAAGGUGAAGCAGCAAAUGCUCAUGUAGAAGCUGCAGCAAGGUAAGUUCUUAUCCAGAAGAUCUAGCUGAGAUCAUCAAUGAAGGUGGCUGCACCAAACAACAGAUAUUCAAUGUAGACGAGACAGCCUUCUAUUGGAACAAGAAGCCAUCUAGGACUUUCACAGCUAGAGAGAAGUCAGUGCCUGGCUUCAAAGCAUCAAAGGACAAGCUGA